GUUGCCGAUGAUGUUCUUAGUAGUACAGCAUAUAAUAGUUUCGUUGUAGCAAAUGAAGCAGUGCUUCAAGCUAUUGUCGAGAUUCUUCUCCCAUCAAGGCAUAAAGUGCCGGAGCUUUGUCUUGUAAUAGAUGGCAAAAAACGAAAAGGAUCGGGCCAUUUUGGUUUUCUUGAUAUUUUUGUUCUGGGAGGAACUGAGGGAAAUGUUGUUUGUUUAGAACUUAAAUUUAUUUUGUUAAUCGGUCUGGUAAGAGAUGUUGGAAAUCAAGUAAGGGUUCUUGGUGCUAACGAGUUAGAAAAGUUAAAUAAGAUCCUUGAGAUGGAAGAUAUGUAUAUUGGUCAACGAAUCUUAGAAAAACGCAAAGGGUCAUUUGGAUAUUCAACUUCGGGAGUAUUCGAUGAACCAAUUAAGAUAAUCAAAUCAGGUUCUAAUAAACUAGAAGGAUUUUGUCGUAUCUUGUGGAGACCUAUUAAUGAAAUGAUAUCCAACUAUAAAUAUAUAUAUUAA